AUGGCAUUGAAUGUCUUUCUUCUUUCUAGUGUUGUUGUUCUAAUUCUUGGCUCAGUGACAAUAAUUGAAGCUUCAACAUUGUUCAUCAAUGAUAUUAGUACAUCCCUCAACCGAAAUAGUUUCCCCAAAGGUUUUAUAUUUGGAACAGCAUCAUCUUCUUACCAGUAUGAAGGUGCAGCAAAUGUUGGUGGUAGAGGACCCAGCAUAUGGGAUACUUUCACUCAUAAUUAUCCAGAUAAAAUAAAGGACAGAAGUAAUGGAGAUGUAGCCAUCGAUGAAUACCAUCGUUAUAAGGAAGAUGUUGAGAUCAUGAAGGACAUGAACUUGGACGCUUAUAGAUUCUCCAUCUCUUGGUCCAGGAUACUGCCAAAAGGAAAGCUUAGUGGAGGUGUGAACAAGGAAGGAAUCAACUAUUACAACAACCUCAUCAAUGAGCUACUAGCGAAAGGUCUUCAACCCUUUGUGACCAUUUUUCAUUGGGACCUUCCUCAAACCUUAGAAGACGAAUAUGGUGGCUUUUUAAGCCUUAAUAUAGUGAAUGAUUUUCGAGACUAUGCUGAACUUUGCUUCAAGGAAUUUGGAGAUAGGGUGAAACAUUGGAUUACAUUGAAUGAGCCAUGGAGCUUAAGCAAACAAGGGUAUGCUGAAGGGAAUUUAGCACCUGGACGAUGUUCACCUUGGCAAUACCCAAAUUGCACUGGUGGGAAUUCAGCAACUGAACCCUAUAUAGUGGCUCACAAUCAGUUACUUGCUCAUGCAGCUGCUGUCAACAUCUACAGGACUAAGUAUCAGGCAUCUCAAAUGGGAUGGAUAGGGAUAACACUAGUUUGUCAUUGGAUGAUACCACUCUAUGAUACAGAAUUGGAUCACCAAGCUGCACAAAGAGCCAUUGAUUUCAUGCUUGGAUGGUUUUUGGAUCCAUUGACAAUAGGAGAUUAUCCAAAUUCCAUGAGGUCUCUAGUGGGUAGCCGAUUACCAAAGUUCUCUAAAAAUCAAGCCAGGCUUGUAAGAGGGUCUUUUGAUUUUGUUGGAUUAAACUACUACACUUCCAAUUAUGCCACCGAUGCACCUGAAUUAAGUGAAGCCAUGCCUUGCUAUCUCACGGAUUCUCUUGCUAUUCUUACAGAUAAUCGUAAUGGAAUACCUAUUGGUCCAAAGGCUGCUUCAAGUUGGUUGUAUGUUUAUCCAAAAGGAAUUAGAGAAUUGUUGCUCUAUAUUAAAACAAAGUACAACAACCCUUUGAUCUACAUCACUGAAAAUGGAAUAGAUGAGUUUAAUGAUCCAACACUCCCGCUUGAGAUAGCCCUUGCAGAUACACCUAGGAUUGAUUACUAUCAUGCUCAUCUCUAUUAUCUUCAAACUGCAAUCAAGGAUGGCGUGAAUGUAAAAGGAUAUUUUGCAUGGUCAUUGCUUGAUAACUUCGAAUGGUCUACAGGAUACACUGUGAGAUUUGGAAUUCAUUUUGUAGAUUACAAGAAUGGCCUCAAAAGACAUCCAAAAAUGUCAGCCAUCUGGUUUAGGAAUUUCCUACAGCACAAAAUUGUUACAUAUAUAUGA